AAGGUUCCGGAGAGGUGGGGUGGUGGUCGCGGAGGUGCCCAGGAUCCCUGACAGACUUGUGCCUUUGACACAGCAAAAUCUGCAGGUUGCAGAAAGUCUCAACUGUAACCACAUCCUCCAGUUAUCCUGCAGGCUUGUGCUUUAUCUUUGUUUUCUGGGUAAAUAAUGUGUUUCUGUUUUCUCGAAGAUCCUGGCAUACCCCGAGGUGCCCACUUUUAUAGCUGAAGAUGCAAGAAAGAUCCAGACCCUGCGAUGCACCGACCACCUUCUCUCUGGUUGGAUUUGCCUUCACUGUGCCUGUCUCUCGAAGUGCGUGCGCCUUGGUGCAUUUAUAUUCUCAGCCUUUCGUUCCUCGAGGGCUUCCUGUGUUAAACAAUUUGCUACAGAUUCACACAAUUUUAACUAGAAGACUGGGAUGUGAACCCGGGUGGUCUGAUGUUAACACCACUGUCUGGUAAUCUCAACACUGCUGCUUUUGCGACAGAGAAUGUUUUGCGGAACACACAGACUAGGAACUUAACCAAAUCUGGAAUUUGCCAUAAGAUUUGUGUUCGCUAUUUUCAAAUAUGUAGUAAUGUUCAUGUUUUGAAGCCAAAUUAUGUGUGUUUCUUCGGUUAUCCUUUAUUCAAGUAUAGUCAUCCACAUCUCUUCCUGAAAACAACUGCUGCUCUUCGUGGACAGGUUGUUCAGUUCAAGCUCUCAGACAUUGGAGAAGGGAUUAGAGAAGUAACUGUUAAAGAAUGGUAUGUAAAAGAAGGAGAUACAGUGUCUCAGUUCGAUAGCAUCUGUGAAGUUCAAAGUGAUAAAGCUUCUGUUACCAUCACUAGUCGUUAUGAUGGAGUCAUUAAAAAACUCUAUUAUAAUCUAGAUGAUAUUGCCUAUGUGGGGAAGCCGUUAGUAGACAUAGAAACGGAGGCUUUAAAAGAUUCAGAAGAAGAUGUUGUUGAAACUCCUGCAGUGUCUCAUGAUGAACAUACACACCAAGAAAUAAAGGGCCGAAAAACACUGGCAACUCCUGCAGUUCGCCGUCUGGCAAUGGAAAACAAUAUUAAGCUGAGUGAAGUUGUUGGCUCAGGAAAAGAUGGCAGAAUACUUAAAGAAGAUAUCCUCAACUAUUUGGAAAAGCAGACAGGAGCUAUAUUACCUCCUUCACCGAAAGCUGAAAUUAUGCCACCUCCACCAAAGCCAAAAGACAUGACUAUUCCCAUACCUGUAUCAAAACCUCCGGUAUUCACAGGCAAAGACAAAACAGAGCCCAUAAAAGGAUUUCAGAAAGCAAUGGUCAAGACUAUGUCUGCAGCCCUGAAGAUCCCUCAUUUUGGUUAUUGUGAUGAGGUUGACCUUACUGAACUGGUUAAGCUCCGAGAAGAAUUAAAACCCAUUGCUUUUGCUCGGGGAAUUAAACUCUCCUUUAUGCCUUUCUUCUUAAAGGCUGCUUCCUUGGGAUUACUACAGUUUCCUAUCCUUAAUGCUUCUGUGGAUGAAAACUGCCAGAAUAUAACAUACAAGGCUUCUCAUAACAUUGGGAUAGCAAUGGAUACUGAGCAGGGUUUGAUUGUCCCUAAUGUGAAAAAUGUUCAGAUCUGCUCUAUAUUUGAGAUUGCCACUGAACUGAACCGCCUCCAGAAAUUGGGCUCUUUGGGUCAACUCAGCACCACUGAUCUUACAGGAGGAACAUUUACUCUUUCCAACAUUGGAUCAAUUGGUGGUACCUAUGCCAAACCAGUAAUAUUGCCACCUGAAGUAGCCAUUGGGGCCAUUGGAUCAAUUAAGGCCAUUCCCCGAUUUAACCAGAAAGGAGAAGUAUAUAAGGCACACGUAACGAAUGUGAGCUGGUCAGCUGAUCACAGAGUUAUUGAUGGUGCUACAAUGUCACGCUUCUCUAAUUUGUGGAAAUCAUACUUAGAAAAUCCAGCUUUUAUGCUACUAGAUCUGAAAUGAAGACUGAUAAGACAUUCUUAAACUUUUUGAGCUUCCAGAGAGUAUGUAAAGCCUAGCUGUGCCAGUACGUGUUCACCUUUACAAUUUGUAUUGUAAAUGAUUUGUAUGGUAUGAUUAAGGUUCUAAGGCACAGUAUUUGUCACUGUUCUGUUGAACUUUUUACUGAAAAUGAUUAAUGGUAUAAUGGUUCUCCUGGGGCUGUACAUUUUAUAGGUCAGAAUGUGACUGCUUAAUAUGGUGCUGACGUCUUUGUGUCAAUGGCUUGAAACUGGCAAGGUUAACAAAAUUAAUGUUACUAAAAGACACGUAGCCAUAUACAGAUAGUAUAUACCCUAUUUUUUAUAACUGACUCAAUGAAACUUUUUAAUUAUACCUAAUUAGGAAAAGGAAUUCAUAUACAAAAUAUUUUCCAUUUCCCUGUAAUCAUGCUGUUGUAUAACAUAAGUGCAAUAAUACUUCUCUUUUGAGAUAUCCAAUAGUUUAUUCUUGCUCUGUGUAGAGAAUAUCGCCUGUAAAUGUCUUAUUUCUAUCAAUUAAUAUCUUUGAAAAGGGAAAAGUGUAAACUGGCCUUAAAAAUGUCCAAUUAUAGUUUUGUAACCAGGUAGUCUAUUAAAGGUGUUUGUCUAAAAUGGAUAUACUUUUAGAGUUUUGGUAAUGCUUUAGCAUUUUCUUGGGAAUCACCUUCACCUUUGCAAACUUCCCUUAGGUAAGGAAGGCACUUUAAAUGUAGCAGCCACUGACAUUUCUUUUUUUUUUUUUAAUUUGCAGAAGUCUACAUUCUUUUAACUUUUUUGGUCUUCAGUUAAAAAAUAGAAUAAGAAAUUAAGGUCUAUUUCGUUCUCCAUAUCCUGGGUAGGAAUGUAAAUAACAGGAGAAGGAAGAGUCUAAUAAUAAUUAUGGAUAUAAAAAAUAAUAAAUUUUGUAUAGAAAUGAAGGUUUCAUAAUGAUAAUUUUGCUAAAGGUCUACUUUAAUCAGAAAUAGUAUCGAGAUGAAUGUAUCCAACAUCUCAAUUUGCAUUCAGAAAUUUAUGUUGUUUCUAAUAUUGUCCAGUUGAAUACUGUAUGCCAAAAUUAGUUGUUCAAGUGAAGUUUUGUGACAGAAAAAAAGGUUGUUUUAAUGUCUAUUUGGUUUUUCUCAAAAUGGAAAUAAUUUUAAAAUCAGGAAAGAAUAAGUCAGGUGUAGUGUGACUUGAAAGUGUAAUCCCAUUUAUAGGGGAGGCUGAAGCAGGAGGAUCACUUGAGGCCAGGAGAUUGAAACCAGCCUGGGCAACAUACUGAGAUCCCAUCUCAAAAAAAAAAAUUCUUUUUUAAGUUAGCCCAGUGGUUCAUGCCUGUAAUCUUAGAACUUUGGGGGGCUGAGGUGGGCAGAUCACCUGAGGUCAGGAGUUCGAGACCAGCCUGGCCAACAUGGUGAAACCCCAUCUCUACUAAAAAUAUAAAAAAUUAGCCAGACGUGGUGGUACAUGCCUGUAGUCCCAGCUACUCGGGAGACUGAGGCAGGAGAAUUGCUUGAGCCCAAGAGAUGGAAGUGGCAGUGAGUAGAGAUUGCAUCAACCUAGGCGACAGAGAAACACUCCAUCUCAAAAGAAAAAAUUAGCCAAGUGUGUUGGUGUUGCACACUAACUGAGACAGAAGGAUCAACUGAGCCCAGGAGUUCAGAACUGCAGUGAGCUAUCAUAGUGCCACUAGACUCUAGUAUGGGUAACAGAGUGAGACCUGGUCUCUAAAAAAGAAAAAGAAAACAAAUAAGUCAAAUAAAUGCUGUUACUGUAAAUUUUCAGAUAAUACAAAGAGUUGUCAAUAAAAUAAAAAAUCAUUCAUAAUAUUACCACUAUUAACAUUUUGAUGUAUGUAUCUGUAUAUAUGGCUAUUCUUUUUAUUAAAGCAGGAUCAUAGUAUA